UUUGUUGUUGUCAAUCGUUUCGUUCGCAUCGAAUCGCGUCGCGGAAUAUCAGCUGAAAACUACGGAAAAACGAGAUAAAAAUACGACGCGACAUCCGCAGCCGAUCUGCAAUGCGCUCGAGUUGAGGGCGCUGGGGCGAUAACUAUGUGCGUGUGGGAGCGCGAGCGAGCCUAGCCGAGAACCAGCGAUUAGCCAGGAGCCAGCGACCAGCGACCAGCAGCAGCAGCAGCAGUGAACUGCUGCAGCGACCUCGAGAAAGCGGCCAGCCAGCCACCAAUGAAAGGAGGCGGAUCGGAGGAGCACCUGAACCUGGACCCAGACCUGGAGGCGAGCUCCCUGCUCGGCCAGCAGGACCUGUCGAGCGCCGAACCCGGCAGGACACGCGCUAAGCAGCGGCUCAGUUUGAACGGGAAGCGGCUACGCAGCCGGAUGUCGCGCAGGGCCAAUCUGAUCGGCAUCUGCGGCGUGAGCAGCCUGUGCAUCCUGCUGCUGAUUGCCACCACCCAGCACCGUCCGCUGACCACCCCGUUCAACCAGUCGGCUGGCCGGGACCAGGGGGCGGGCGUGGCCGGAGUGGGCGCGUCCGUGGAUGGGGGUCCUUCCAAUUCGCUGGCGCGCAGCGCCUUCUACGAGCGCUUCCAGCAGCAACUGCAGCAGCAGCCGUCGCAGACGGUCGUCUACAACCUGACGGCUACUAUAGUGGAUGUCCUGUCGGCUCAACGGUCGCGCAUCCUGGCUGAAAUGGAGAACUUUGAGUAUCCGCGCGGCGGCGCCGAGAGGCUGGCGGACAUGACGCCGGAGACGAACGGCACCCCGGUGCGCAGCGUGGUGGUCACCUCCUGGCGCUCUGGCUCCACCUUCCUGGGCGACAUCCUCAACUCGAUUCCGGGCAACUUCUACCACUACGAGCCGCUGCUCGACUUCGGGAUCAAACAGAUCCGCGACCCCGACGACCAGGAGCUGGCCGUGCAGAACCUGAAGAACCUGCUCAACUGCGACUACGCCGACAUGCUGGACUACCUGAACUUCGGCAAGACGCACACCUAUCUGUUCGAGCACAACACCCGUCUGUGGGACGUCUGCCGCGAGUUUCCCCGCUUCUGCUGGCGCCCCGCGUUCCUCACGCGAUUCUGCCGCCUCUUCCCCAUCCAGAGCAUGAAGACAGUCCGCCUGCGUCUCGCUCAGGCCGAGAAGCUGCUCGAGGAUCAAAGGUAUGACCACGAGAUGAAGUCACAAACACUAGCUUAAGAAAAUAAAGAAGGUUUUUAGCCAAGACAGUAACUAAAUACACUUUUCGUAAGUACUAACGGAAGAUAAGUAAACGUCGCUUUGCUUUAGAAGAUAUCUCUUAUCUGCGAGAUACAUUUCCAUUUGUUAUGCAGUCUCGAGUGCCGGACAAAAAGAAGAGCAAAACAGUUCUGCAAUCUACACGUAAAGUUCAUUAAUAAAUCAGAGGACACUAUAGCUAAAUGGGGGCGUGUCGAGUCGGGCAAUCACCCAAGCCCACACACGUUCACUGGCGAAAAGUAGAAGGGGAUUGGGGGCAAGAAUUUUAACUGAAAUGAAAUGAAGUGUCAAAACGUUGGGAGCGUCAACGCCCUCAAAAGGCCACGCCCCUCGCGAGCACCGCCACUUCCUGGUCGAAAGUGGAGCCAUUUAUUUAAGAGCCAUGAGAGGAAAAAAGCGUCCAUUUCCAUGACAAUCGGAAGGGGCGGCAAUUGCAGUCCAGCUGAAAAAACUGCUUGGGUUCGGCGCAGGUCCAUGUGGAGGUUGUCACUGGAAUGAAUUCCCUUGUGCUAGGUCGGAUCGUGUGAUAUAUCCGUUCGCACUGAGCUCUUUGUUGUCUGCCAGGUGACCCAAACUUGUCCGCUGAAUCUGCACAAAGAAACCUCAAGGGGUUAAUGGCUUGAGCUCCAUAUACACACUUUUACUUUAAACGGGAUUAAUGAUGCUUUAAAUAUAAUAUUUAAUUGGAUGUACUUUUGAUAUCUUUUAUUGAUUUAUGCAUUUCUUUUUAUUGGGAUAUUAAAGAAUGAAAGGCAAACCAAAAACGAAAGUUGCAGAAAUGAAUUUCGAAAUCGAAGAGGCAAAGAGUAACAAAAUAAAUAAAUAUUAUUGAAGAACUAAAAUAUACCUUAUUUAACCUUCACCCGAAUGACUUUUAAAAUACUGUUCUCUGCGUAAGCUUCUUUGGCAUAUCUAGUCUUAAAUAUUAUUUUUAUUAAGCCUCAAGCCAUAGAAAAAAUAAGGGAGUAUUAAGACUACACUCAAGCCUGUUGGUGCAUUGAAGCUUCGACUCCUUUCACGACACUGCCCCUUCUUUUUGAGUACUCCGCUGCUUAAACUUAAUAUAAUAUCAUUCAUUCGGGCCGCAGGCAAAGUGAAAGGAAGGUCUUGCAAGUUGAAUUUAUGUGGGUGACGUGUAGUUCUCGACUGUAGCCCACUGCGAACUCUUUCUUUCUUUCGGCGGAAUCAUCUUCGAAUAUGAGUCGGUGGGCUUAGUAACCCGGCAACAUGGCAGCUUGGCAACUGGCAUCCCGCUCCCCCUCGAGCUUCUUUCACUUUACGCUUUCUGAGCUGCAGCCCAAAAGUCACUUUGAAUCGCACAGGCAGCGAGGCAUAAUGAUGGCGAUAAGUCAUUAAGUAGCUCAACGCUCGGCAUUCAACGCGCCACAGCGUUCACUUCAGAUGACGUCGUUAAGAGGCAGCGCAAAGUCAAUGGAUCUUGGGGCAGGGUGUUCGAGGGGAAGCUACAUAGCUUCGGUCCAUUCAUAUUAUUCAACCGUUCUACACUGUUUUCGCUGGAAAGCGAGGGCGCAAGUGCCGCUGGGUGAGUGCAUUUCUCACUGGGGCAGAGGAAGUUGCCAAGGAGACUGCAAAGAACUUAGAAGAAAUCAAUAAGCAGAUGGAGGGAGCGGUUUCUAGUUAAUUGAAACUGGAGUUUCCUUGUAUGUAGGUUGCAUUUUACACAAGUUGUUUGCAAGAAGCUACACAAACAAGCUGUAAAGUAAACCCAACUAUCUGUUUUUCAAAAUAUCUAACUUAGGAAUUGUUAUUGAGCGUGAAGUUCUUGUACAUUUUCCAUUUGUUUUUGCUCCAAGAGGAAGUUAUGUUCUUGUUAGGAAACUGUGUUCCAGCUUAAUUACAGAAGUGUUCAUGGGAGAGACAGUGAAUUUUCAAUUCAAUUCGAACUAUUUCCACCCAGUUAAUUAAAGCACCUGAAUUAAUUGAGAGAGUCCAGAGAUAAAUGCAGUCCAAACACCUUUGUCCUUGCAAAAGUUAAAGGCCGUGCAGUUGCCGACUCCUUUCUCUGUUCGCCAUGCAUAAAUCAUUUCACUUCACUUCACUUCCCUUAAGCUUCCACCAGCAGCCUCGGUGUCCUUGCCCCCCAUUUUAAUUAAAAGUUUCGAGUGACUCACAUAAAUUCCAAUCAAGAUCUGAGCGUCGCCCAUUGAUUCCACUUUGUCCAGGGAGCAGUUCCCAGACGUGCGAAAUUCAAUUAGAUCAGGAGUCAAUCAAGUGCAAGGGUGGUCGAAAUCACUUUGCCGGACUUUGUGUAUGCAUUUGGAAUUUGUAAGGGAUAGUAGCUGUGCGGCACAAUUAGUUCGAUAAUCGGCUAAGCGGACACGAGUUACGAGCCGAUCCAUGCAGAUAGGAAAAGGUUGUUAAAGCUGUAUAUCCUUUCUAAUUUUGGCCGGCCAUUGUCAUUAAACAUAUCAAACAAACUGCCUGGCAUUUGUCCUUUCCCCCAUCAACUGCCUUCGUCACCGCCAUCAUCGUCAGCACACAUGGGUUCUGUGUUUCUCUGGGUUUCUGCGGUGGCCUAUCAAAAGCAUCGCCCUAAGGCUUCAUGUCAAAUGCACGAACCCAAUAAAUUUCAUACUUUAGGCAGCUCAAAAACAAAACCCCACAAUCGGAGCUUGAGGUUAGGCAUCUGCACAGUGUACGAAAGGUUCUUAAAAGCCAAUCUUAGAAGAGGUGUAAAAUAAUGAAAGGAGGUUUUACUAACCGUUUACAGGAAUUCAGGAAUGGAGACCUCAGAUUGAAUUCUAUAAAUUAUUCUAAUAUUUGCAUUAAUCCAUUUAAGGAACACGAUAAAGGAAGAUGGCUAGUUUCAAAUAAAUAAAUUAAAUAACAAAAUUAAUUUUAGAUAUAAAAUAUUAAAACAAAAAAAUUCAAUAUUGAAUGGAAUAUGAACUAAAAUGGGAUCAGCUUCUUUUUUAAGAAAAAUAAGAAAAAUAAAAGCUUGAUCAAGAGCAAUCUAGUUAGGUUUUCAAAUCUUUUUUUUUUUAAUUUUAACUACACAAAUGUUAUCGAUAAUAAUUUAUUUAGUUUUUAAGGUUUACUUAAAAGUGGUUGAUAGUUUAAUUCAAGUCAGCUUAAUAUAUGCAUAAAUUUCUUAUUCUUUGCACUCCAUUUUUCCUACUACUGUAACUUCAUUUUGAGACACUGUGCUUUAGGCCUGCUGUAUAUUUUUCUUUUUCCAUUGUGCUGGCGGCUUGUUUGCCGAGACCUUCAGACAAUUUCCUGUCAUAUAGGUGGAUAGGUUAGGAACGAACGUGCACAUAUCCAUGGCAUAUCCAUUAGAGCCGUCCCUUAGUUUGUUAUUAAUGGAGCUUCCAAGAGGCUUUUGCACCUCGACUCCUUCAACUCUGUGAGUUCCAAAGGGGAGGGAUUCGCAAUAAAAAAAAAUACAGCAAUGGGAAGUGCAGAUAGUUUUUGCUCAAAUGCUCCCCUGUAACGCCUCCAGCCACCCACUCGGCCCCAUCUAAUGCGAUUCUCUUUCUCCAAACUUCCAAACCUCCCAACUGAAAACUCACAACCCUGCUUCUUUGCCGCCAAGCGAAACUGUGAGCCUUUCUCUUUUGCCACUCGAGUUGGCCGCAUCCCAGUUGACUUUGAUUGACAUUUGCUGUUGUUUGCAUUUGCCGGAGCAAUUUCUGCCUUUUUCCUGGUACUUUUUUCUAGUGCUCCACCAUGAUUUCAUUUCGCAUUUUGGGUGGUCCGUCGGUGGGUUUUUUUUAGCAGUGCUACUGCCAUUGAAAAUUGAUCGGACUCUGUCGGUUCUCCUUUGGGUUUUGACCCAGUUGCGGAUCGCACAGCGCAUUAUCCUAAGGAUUCGCUUGAUUCGACUCGUUAGUCACGCAAUUUCGCGGGUGAAGGGAGAUAGCUUUCAACCGUUGGCAACUUUGUUUCGAGGUCUGAAUUGGAGCGACGAGGAUUACAAUUUGCGGUGUAUUAUUGGGGUACUUUAGCUGGUGUCAAGUUCAAGGCCUUGUUUCUGUGUCUUAAUGGUUUCAUUGUUCGUAAUGACAGAGCAUUGAUGGAAAUGUUAUUAUCGCAGCAAAGGAAUCGGAAGCUAAUGGCUAAUGAAGGCACAAUACCUCUUUGUGACAUUUACCAAGCAAUCAAUUAAUUUAUGGAGGGAAAUAAAUCGUUAAAAUCGAUCUUUAGGGCUUAAAGUUUUCUUUGUUUUGGAAAUGCUAGAUUAUCAUUAUAUGUAGUUAGUAUUAAUGUUUGCCCUCCCAAAAAAUAUUGUUCUUUCUGAAAUGGUUUUUAUUGCAAUGAAGCAAUGAAAGCAUAUAUCGUACAACGUUUCACUCUUCGAAAAACAGAUCAAAACCCUUUUUCAUCCGUGCUAGAUUUCACCAGAUGAACAUUAAAAUAUUGCAAUUUCGAGGCAAAGUAGCCUCAAAGUGCCCUAAUUGCCAGUUAGGAAGUUGUUUACCCUCUCGCAUGUCACAUGUAAUUAAAAUUAUUACAAUCUAAAACUGGGGGUGAAAAGCCAUGCACUUUCAUUCUAAAAUCCGUUCAGUUGGCUUUCUUGUUUUCCCCGGAAUAAUUUCAGCGGAAUAAUUUUAGCAACGCAUUUUCCGAGUUUCCUCUGCACGGAGUCGUCGUUUUCAGCGCUUUGCAUGUUUUCCGAAUUUUGCGCUUGUGUUCUCGUUUGCAGCACAAGAAUCGCUAGAAUUGGGCGGAACCGGGGGCAGUAUUUGUGCAUAUUUUCGACCGGGCACUAACUAAAGUUACUUUCUGGCUUUGAUAUAUGGGCCAAGUACGACUGGACUGGGUGAAAAUGGGUGGAAGUUCUGCUCCCCGCGUUUUCGUGCCUGCAAUUGUUAAAUCGAUAAAUUUCUUUUACUCCACUUUUCUAUUUGGGUUUUUCCCAAAAACGUCAUUCUCUGUAAAGCUAUUUUUGUUUUGCCUGUUGUUGCUUCCGCUAUUUUGGCUGUCGCCGUUCUAUAUUUCACUAUAUUUUUCGACGGUGCUCGUGGUAUUAAUGUCGAGUAUCGGGGGAUUUAU